UAGCUCCCUUGUCGUUGGGCUGUCACGAGGGAUAAAGAGCUGAAGGAGCGAGAAGUGCUCGGCAAAAGUCCGUACUCCAUAGUGUGAAGUUGAGAGGUAUUGGGGGGGGGGCUCUAGCGUGUAAAAAAUAAAAAUAAAAAUAAAAAAUAAAAACGAGACAGGGCGUGUCGGUUGCCUGUAGCAGACAGAGCAACAAAGUUCGUGAGAAUCGGGUCGAGGCGAACGGAGCAUGGCUGCAACUCCAGGAUACGAUCUGGCCACUCGUGGGUUUCGACGUGAAGCCUGGACAUGUCUUGCCAGCUACCUAGCCUAGGUAGGUCGACCAGCUUAGAAGAGGCCGUGGGUUCCGCGAGCUGCGCAGAAAACCUUGUUGGAGGGGGGAGAGAAGACAUUGAGCAACAACUCGCAAGGCGAGACAUUGUAGACACCACUCCGGCAUCAUGGCGCGAGAUAUCGUCAAAGGGUCCUGUCAAGAGUGUCGGCCAGCCCACCGAGGGCAACUUGAGCAGUCUCGCCGUCGUCGGCCCAGCAGACAUGUCGACCCAUAGGGGGGGGGGGGGGGCCGCGUUUCGAGUAGCCAUCCCCGAGACCAAGUCAGGACCCUUCUUGCAGCAAACCACUCUCUGUUCGAGGCUAGGGCAGCGCAGGACCAGUACCCGUCAGGGUCACAGUCGUAAAGCCAGCCAAACAAACAAACAAGCACGAACCCACCUGAAAGGUCGCAAAGGAAGGCGACUGGCCGAGUUGGCGAGCGAGCGAGCCCCGGUGCGGGUGGGCAUGUGAAUUACCCGACCAUUAUAGCCAGCGGUGCCGACUGGUGGAGGAUCCUUUUUGCCGCGUGACGGCCAACAGGGCUGCAGAAUGUCACGCUGCCGCCGGGGCC